AUGACACUUGAUCCGACCUUCGCCGGUAAAGCAGGACCACAAAGAACAACUAAAGGCUCUUUGAAGCACAAAAUCCUACCAGAAGAGCCGGAGCGCAACCCGGAGGCAGCCGUGCCCGAGAUGGAGGAUACGCCCGCUGUCCUGUAUUGGGAUGAUGAUGGCGACAUCAAUAAUGAGGAUAUGUCGCAUUUGCAUCAUAUACCUGAAGGUAAUAUGCGCCGUGAUGCUUUGCGUUUAACACGAAAGGCGCGCUCACGUUUGCCUCGGGUAACAGCCUACAGCACGGCUACGUCGUACAAACUACCUGAACUGAUUCGAUGGCUCCAAACCCGGAAAGCGUCGCAUGAGACGAACGUCAUUCGUUUUGACGAGUGUGUCUACACGACUUACACGUAUCAGCACGUUGAUGAAGCCCGUGGAUUGCCAAGCACAUCACCAUGGGUGCUGGAACGGGGGCGCCCUCCGUUCCGACUGGAUCAUAGUAGGACACCCACUGGUGACCUGUUAGGUGUGCCGGAACUCCAUCAAGAUUCACCUGCACUUGAUCAUGGUCUUCAGACCAUCACGGAAGAAGGCGAGGGUGGCAGCGAGAGACCAAAGCAGGAAACGACGCCGCCUGCUCAGUCAUUGGUGCGAAAGCCUGUGCAUUACGUGCCAGAGGUGUUUUUCAUGGAAUAUGGCACGGUUGUCAUCUGGGGCAUGUCUCUAACGGAAGAAAAGAGAAUGCUUCGUGAGCUGCGCAAGUUUGAAGUGGAGCGGCUCGCUGCUGAAGACGUCGAGUGCGAAGAUCUCAGUUGGUAUUUGGCUGACUACAGUCGUAUAUACAACGACGUGAUUACAUUGCGCCGUGGAUCGAGCUAUAUGACAAAGUUAUCUCUUUCGCAUGCUUUGGCUCAGUCCACAAAAAUUAGCUUUUUUGAGAGUGUGAUCGAGGCCACUAUUGAUACGACGAAGGACAUUCCGCGGAGUAUUGCGGAGAGCGGCAAAGUUGGCAUGCCGCCCAUUGACAUUAUGAAGAAUAUUGGUCACCUGUUCAUUCUGCGGAUGAAUAUCCACCUGGUCGGCUCGGUGGUGGACUCGCCCGAGAUCUUUUGGUCGCAGCCGGAUCUCGAACCGCUCUACGCUGCGGCACGAAGUUACUUGGAGAUUCAGCCACGAAUUGACCUGUUGAAUAUUCGUGUUGAGGUUCUGCAAGACAUGCUACAAUUAUUGAAGGAUCAGGCUACAUCAAGUCACUCAGAAUGGCUGGAAAUUAUUGUAAUCAUAUUGAUCGUGUUAGAGAUUAUAUUGGGCGUGGCGACAAUGUUGGUGGACCUGUACGCGUAA